AUGCCGUUCUGUGGGGGGUUCUCCGUGCUUGAAAACGUCCAAGUCGACCCGGCCAACGUGUUUGACGUGCAGCUGUGCCUCGGGUGCGUUGCCGAGACUGCCGUCCCCGUGGUGCCGCCUCCUUCCGCCCCAUCGCAACCGUCUCCGACAGAACGGCCACCACCACCACCCACCGUUGAGCCCAUUGUGCUGCGCGAACGCCUGAGUUUCAAUCCAGACGCCGAUGCCAUGAUGCGCACCAUGACAUUGCACCCCCAACUGUCGUCGUCGCUUCGGACACCAAUGGCCUCCAAGGAUCAUUCCCAUCAACCACAACGCUACGUCGUGCCGCUGUUGGAAAUGGAGGCGGCCAACAUUGAAGAAGGUGACGAAGACGAAGGUAGCGAUGACGAGUAUGAUCGUCGCCGCCGCUACCGUACCUCCACCAGCCACUCGACGACGACACUGCAAGAAGAUCAUCCGUACGACAUUGCCGACAACCAGUCGUCGUCGCCCCCCCCCUCGUCGCAGCAACAGCAGCAGCAGCAGCCACAAGUGUGUGUCGACAUGGAGUGUGCCAACGGCUGCGUGACGCUCAUCUACCAGGGCGCGGCGGUGCUCAAAGGUGCGUUUGGAUCGCUACGCACGUCGGACGGACACGUGUUGGGCACCGUGUCAGUGGCGGAUACGGCGCCUCGGCUGCGCAUGUCGCCGCAACAUCGGCAGGCCAUGGACACGUUCCAUGACAAUGUUGUGGCGCUGAUCGAAGACCGACUGGCCUGCCUAAACCAUGCCGUUCUGUGGGGGUGCUCCGUGCUUCAAAACGUCCAAGUCGGCCCGGCCAACGUGUUUGAGCUGCAGCUGUGCCUCGGGUACGUUGCCGAGACUGCCGUCCCCGUGGCACCGCCCCCUUCCGCCCCAUCGCAACCGUCUCCGACAGAACGGCCACCACCACCACCCACCGUUGAGCCCAUUGUGCUGCGCGAACGCCUGAGUUUCAAUCCAGACGCCGAUGCCAUGAUGCGCACCAUGACAUUGCACCCCCAACUGUCGUCGUCGCUUCGGACACCAAUGGCCUCCAAGGAUCAUUCCCAUCAACCACAACGCUACGUCGUGCCGCUGUUGGAAAUGGAGGCGGCCAACAUUGAAGAAGGUGACGAAGACGAAGGUAGCGAUGACGAGUAUGAUCGUCGCCGCCGCUACCGUACCUCCACCAGCCACUCGACGACGACACUGCAAGAAGAUCAUCCGUACGACAUUGCCGACAACCAGUCGUCGUCGCCCCCCCCCUCGUCGCAGCAACAGCAGCAGCAGCAGCCACGUUAG